AUGCAGGUCUCUCGCCCAGCAACCGUUAUAUAUCAGUAUUAUUCUAUACACAAUCAGACCGAUUUGAGGAAAAAUAUUGAACUGCAACAUAUUUACAGUAUUAAGCAAUAACCUGUGAGUGAGAGAAUUGCAGCCUGAGAUUCAGGUAGUCUCUGUUUUUUCAGGAGAUCUAGCUCGCUUCCACAGUCAAAAUGGCGGAUAAUGAAGAGGAGAGCAGUAAUAAGAUCAGCAGUGCUCUGGUCGAGAGCAUUCCUGUGUGUGUGAGCGAAUGUGAGGAAAAUGGAUCGACCACCGGGAGCCCGAACAAUGAGGGAGGAAAUCAUAACGGAUCGGGUGAUGUUACCAUGACUGAUGGUAUUGAUCAAUGCCUCGCACAGUCGCAGACGCUACAUAGUGCUGAUGCCAAAGAACUGGUCGGAUCUUCAGAGGUGAUCGGACAUAUUUUAGGGGGUGAGGUGGUUACCUCUUUCGUGCAAGCGCCCGAGCAUGCAGAGGGCACAGUAAACGCUGAAUAUGCAACUGUAAGCGGUGAAUUACUGACCGCUCUCGGACCUGCGACCACGAUAAUCUACGUCCAGCCGGACGGCAGUUUCGUGGAGAGUUCGGGCUUGUCUGCAGAGGAGCAGCAGCAGUUAUUGGAGCAGCUCUCCAAACAGCAGCUGGUGCAGGUUACCGGGAACGAACCGAUCCGACUGGUGGAACAGAUCCAGCCACUCAAACCUGCACAGCCCAUCAAACCCGCCACUAUAUCCACUAUCGAUGUGCAACAGGUUAUAGAUCACGUUAACAAGUCACAGAUCCGGUCUCAGAGCACAACCCCCAAAAUCCUCCAGAGGACUGUCACCCAACAGCCUACUUCUUAUAUCACACUAGAGGCUGGACAGCUGACCGCUACAUUACAGCCUCAGCCAUUCACCAUAGUCCAGAACGCCUCACAACAACUGCAGAGUGUCGCCAAACAGGUGGCACUACAGCAGUCCCAAAACGGUGCACAAUCCAUUCAACAAAAGCCAGCUGAACCUAUUCAAAUUCAAGUCCAGGCACCAAAACAACAACUCAAGCAACGCCAGACAGCUCCUAUCACCAUCCUUCAGCCACAAACCCUUCAAGCCAACCAGCCUUUGGUGAAAGUCCCCACUGUAGGGACUGUUAGCACACCCCAGAUUAUCCACAUCACACCUGUGCCCGGCCAGCAGCAGUAUUUUUUACAGAAUCCAGGAGAACCUCCCAUUCAGCUACUCCUUCAGAAACCAACUUCUGUAGUGAGCAGCAUCUCUGUUCCAAUAGUGCAUAAAGUUCAAGCACCGGUUGCUUCUUCUAGCUCCACCAUCACAGCCACUAAGAGUCCUGCAGCCAAGCCAGCCACUGUCUCCAUCCACCCCACUUUAAUAUUAACUCCUUCCUCUGGUGUUUCAUCUUCUACCACCAAGGUAUUGACUCCGCCCACUAAGACCACUGCAGUAGUCACCAAGCUUGUGAAUCCGGUUGUCGGAAAGGAAAAGCCUACAAUGAAAGACCGCGAGAAAAAGCCUCUAAAAAUUCAAACACGCUCCGGCCGAGUGUCCCGGCCUCCCAAGCACAAGGUAAAGGAUUACAAGUUUAUCAAGAAUGAGGACUUAGCCGAGAGCCAUCAGUCAGACUCCGAUGACUACUCUGAGAUCAGCGUGGAAGAGGAGGAGAGAAGUCAAGGCAAAAAGAAGGAUGAAAUUGAUGGGUUGUCCCUUCGCAAUAAAGCUUUCAAAUGUGAAGAAUGUGAGAAGUCCUACAUAGGCCUGGCUGGUUUGAACAGACACUAUAAACUUAAUCCUAGUCAUGACAAAAGCCAGACUUCAAGUCCAGUCCUGACAGAAGACUCCAAACCCACAGAGGAGCAGACAGAACCCGAUGCAUCUAGUUACCAACCUGAGCAGACCAGUCCUGUAAAAGAGGAAACCACUCAAAAAGUGCAAGCAGAUUCCACAAGACAGAUCGAACGGCGACGACCUGGGAGACCAAAGGGCUCCGGCAGAUCCAAUCUCCCUAAAAGGCUGGGACGGAAACCAAAGAGAGGGAGACGAGGUCGGCCACCUAAACACCAAACAGCACUUACUGUGGAGCAACAGGAACAGAGAAGGAGAACUCGACUGUCCGAGUUUAUAGAGCAGUAUGAUGACGAAGACUUAAUGGAAAUUGUUCUUCCUCGCCUGGCUAAAGUCAUGACUGUAUGGGAGUUUGUACUAAUGAAGGUGGAGAAUGGCCUUUCUUCAAAGCAGCAGUUUCCCAGUAUAUAUCAUGAAUUUGAGCAGCUCCACAGCCAAGUGAAAAAGAUGGCAGAAGAGCAUUUUUGCAUUGCCCCAGCCUCACGACCAGCUAUCAACAUCACUAACAUGGAAGUCUUAAAAUCGCUGGGUAUCGCUGAUCCCUCCGGUGCACUGGCCCUGAACUUCUCUCAGGAGCAACAAACUACAGCAAAAACAAAUCAAGCCACAAAGAGUCUGCGCAAUAUUGAGAAUAUGCUGCCGCCAGCAAAGAGGUUCAAAAUGGAAAACUGCUGCGAGGACAAAACCAAAUCUGUGGUAAAUCAGAACGGCAUUCAAAAGCAUGAUGCCAACGAGGGCUCUGUGCUGCUCCGGGAGCCCCAGGUGGUCUUAACUCGUCUUGAGGAUGUUACAAGCAACAAUGGUGAAGCUGAAAUAAGGACAGAAGAAGAACCUAUGGACACAGGAGAUAAUGUCAGCCCGGAGGCUGCAAAACCUCCAGAGGACUCCGACAGAGAGCUUUCCGAAGUUCUCAACAGCAGUGGGAGUGUGGACAUCACAUAUCAGGUAAAGGAACUAGAACAGGUGCUAAGCUUGGACACUAAAUGUAAUGAAAGUGCCCUGAAAGAUGAAGAUUGUGACCUUUCACAGUCUGUAAGCUUGUGUGAGGAAGUAACUAUAGAAGAAUCCCCUGCCAGUCAGGAUAUGAUUACAGAGAUCACAGAGCUUCAGGAAGACCAUCAGGUUUAUAUCGAAACAGCAGAAGGCCUGGUCAGGCAGAGCGCAAAGGAGCUGGCUUCCAAGGGAAUAGUCAUAGUAAACGGGCCUGACGGCAGCACCGUGCACAUCGAGGCCCCAGAAGGGGUUCCUUUAGAGACAGUCCACGCUCUACUGGGUAUCGAAACAGAAAGAAACACUUGAGAAGAUGAAGCCUCCCAACUGUUGGUCACUUUAAACCAAUUUGUCUCCCCGGUGAUUGUUUUUCAAGGAACUUUAUAUUGUUGUACAUUUGUAAAAAAAAACCAAAAAAAAAAACCUAAGUAUUAUAAUUAUUCUAGAUAAUACAUGGUUUGUUUUCUUUUUUUGUUACAAGCUGUACAAUUUAGAAUUUCACGUUUCAUUAAUGAACCUGCCAAAAUGCCUGUUCCUUCCCAUUAAGAUCAACAUGUAUAGUGUGUGUACACGUAUUGUACCUCCUGUCCAUGCUACACCUCUGAACUGCACAUACUAGAAACUGUAAACUCCAGUAUAGUAUAAAAACCUGAUGUUUGAAAUUAGACAUGCUAUAAGCUAUUCUGACAGUGUGGUUGGUUUAAACCACUGAGAUGGUGAAUGGACUUUGAAGGGUGCGAUUUGUUUUGUGAAGAAAAACAAUGAAAUGCUCACGAUCAGCUGGGAAGUUUAAAAUCAAAUUGAUUACCUGUCUUAUGUGUCUAAAUUUCGAGAUUACCUCCUGUGUUUGUUACAUUAUAUAUAGUAGUUUGUCCAGUUUAAUGCUAAUUUAAAGGCACUAUUUUAUUAAUUUUAUAUAAUCUUUGGACAUACUGUGUUUUUCAAACAUUUCAGCAUUUGUAAUUCAAAGGGAACAGAAAAAUGAUAUUAAAAAACGUUCUUUGUGA